GCGCUUCCUUAUCGGCGGCCGCGCUAGAGCCGGCAGUGCUGCGCGCAAGAGGAGCGCGCUAAGGCCGUGGCCCUUGGCGCAGGAGCAGCAGGAGGAAGAGGGAGCCUGCGUGGCGCCGGCGGCCAUGGCGGAGCUGCGCGAGAUGGACUGCGGCGUGCUGCAGCGCCUCCUGCACGGCGGGGGCUUCGGCCAGGGCGGCCCGGCCUCGGGGAAGUGCCUCCUCUUGGACUGCAGGCCUUUCCUGGCCCACAGCGCGGGCCACAUCCGCGGCGCGCUCAACGUGCGCUGCAACACCAUCGUCCGGCGCAGGGCCAAGGGCUCCGUCAGCCUGGAGCAGAUCCUGCCGGCCGACGACGAGGUGCGCGCCCGCCUCCGCUCGGGACUCUACUCGGCCGUCGUGGUGUACGACGAGCGCAGCGGGCGGGUAGACGCUCUGCGGGAGGACAGCACCGUGGCGCUGGUGGUGCGGGCGCUGCGCAGGGACACGCAGCACGCCGACAUCUGCUUGCUGAAAGGUGGCUAUGAGAGAUUUCACUCUGAAUAUCCGGAAUUCUGUGCAAAGACGAAAUCUCCGACUGCUGCGCCUGUUGUGGCGACUGCAGAGUACCUUGAGCACAGCUGCAGUUCCUGUGGGACGCCACAACACGAUCAGGGUGGCCCAGUGGAAAUCCUUCCGUUCCUCUUCCUUGGCAGCGCGCAUCACGCCGCCCGGAGAGACAUGCUGGACGCCUUGAGGAUCACCGCCUUGUUGAAUGUUUCCUCGGACUGCCCAAACCACUUUGAAGGACAUUUUCAAUACAAAUGCAUCCCAGUGGAAGACAACCACAAAACCGACAUCAGCUCCUGGUUCAUGGAAGCAAUUGAAUACAUAGACUCCGUGAAGGCCUGUCACGGCCGCGUCCUAGUUCACUGCCAAGCAGGCAUUUCCCGAUCGGCGACCAUCUGCCUGGCCUACCUGAUCAUGAAGAAGCGGGUGAAGCUCGAGGAAGCCUUUGAGUUUGUCAAGCAACGCCGGAGUAUCAUCUCCCCCAACUUCAGCUUCAUGGGACAGCUCCUCCAGUUCGAGUCCCAGGUUCUGGCUACGUCGUGCGCCGCCGAGGCUGCCAGCCCCUCGGGGACGCUGAGGGAAAGGGGGAAGAGCUCCUCCACGCCCACCUCCCAGUUCGUCUUCAGUUUCCCGGUCUCGGUGGCUGUGCACUCCACUGCCGGCAGCCUCCCUUACCUGCACAGCCCCAUCACCACUUCUCCCACUUGCUAGAGGAGGCCUCUGUGGGUUGCGCCCGGGGCUGACC